ACUGAGCAGCGAUUGAUCGAUUCUGCCGCUGGAGAGUUAAUCUGCUGCCUUGUUUUGGUUUGAGCUUUGCGAAAUGAAAUUAAUGACCCAGAUGUUAAGGCUUGAAAAGUACAUUUCAUUUCCGCCAUUUGAGUACUUUUUUUAGCGCGGGGGUGGGCGGUACUUUCAUCUGAGUCCACCCCGCCCCGGGCUCCACUAACACUAUAGUUAAUCCACUGACCACGACUCGCUAAAUAGUGAAUAUUUACCACCGCCAGGGUCUUCGGAGUGGCCGGACGGUUUACCAAGUCGACUCAUCGGUAUCUGCGGGAUGCUUAUGGCUGUCGUCAUCGUCUCUCUCUACAGUGGUUCCAUCACAGCUUAUCUCGCCAUUCCGUUCAGAUCGGUACCAAUAAAUUCCAUAGAAGACAUAAUACGAAGCAAGACCAGACCUGCCUUGAGAAGUAAAACGCUGGUGUAUGAAACUUUGACCGCAGAGGGAGGCGCCUUGUACGGGGACCGCCAACGCGUCGGCGUGUUCAGUGACGCCGAAAUGUCUACCUGGGAGUUUUUCCAGACUGUGGCUGACGGCACAUUUGCCGUCGUGGAUGUCUACAGUUCAGCCGUCGGAAGAGCUAACAAGUACGAAGCCCGGGGUGCAAGGUGCCAGUUCUACCUAGGCAGAGACGCCGUUCAAACCGACCUCGAUGCCUUUGCUUACGUGAAAAAUAGUCCCAUCAUCUGGCAGAUCGAUCUGACAAUCCAGUGGCUUCAGAACUUCGGUCUAAUUCAGUACAUUAAACAAAAGUACUACAAAGUUCCUUGUGAAGCUGAAAUCACGUCAGAUGGGCCUAAGCCGCUCUCGAUCACUCAGGCGCAAGGAGCACUGUAUGUCCUGGCCUUUGGUUUGCUGCUCGCCCUCGCAGUAUUUGUGGCCGAAAUGCUCUUGGGAAGAAUUAUUACCUUCGGGUAUUUGUCAGGUUACCCACGCUCUGGGCCGUGGAGAAUUCUCUAGUCACACUCUGAACCACAGAUAAUUGUCUUAUCAUUUUGUCUAGUUAUUCAGGUUCAGUUGAUUUAGAUAUAAAUUUCAACAUUUUCUGAAUUAAAAAAUUUCUGAUAAAUUGUUGACAGAACUAUAGAAAAUAAAUACAUUCAUCGAAA